AUGUCGUCUGAUCCAAGGCGUGUCUCUUUGUUCAAUCGAUGGCAACAAAAACAAACUGAUGUACCAACUGGAUUGGAAGGUAUCAAUGAGGAGGAGUUGAUCGAAUACGAAAGAAGCUUUCCGGCUUUUCGACAAGGAUCAGUGAUAGAUGACGAUUUUCAGGACGGAAACGGCUCUAUCUCUUCGAAGGAGUUGGGUGUGGCAAUGAGAUCGUUGGGUCAAAAUCCCACAGAACAAGAAUUGCUCGAUAUGGUGAACGAAGUAGACAUCGAUGGUAGCGGUACUAUAGAUUUCCCAGAGUUCUGUCAAAUGAUGAAAAGAAUGAACAAGGAAAAUGACAGCGAAAUGAUUCGGGAAGCGUUUCGUGUUUUCGAUCGGGACGGAAAUGGAUAUAUAACAGCAGAAGAGUUCCGCUACUUUAUGACGCACAUGGGCGAACAAUUCAGUGAUCAAGAAGUUGAUGAAAUAAUUGCCGAAGUUGAUAUUGACGGUGAUGGACAGAUUGACUACGAGGAAUUCGUGAAGAUGAUGACGAUGCCAUAA